CCUGUGGCUAGUAGCAGUAUUGGCAGCUGCUGGAAAGAUGGGCAGUUUUACAGCAGGAUUGGUAUUGGUAGGAGUAAUCUGGAUCUGCAGCUUGCAGUGUGUGAUUGGUGUUGUGCAGGAUUAUUGGGAUGAUGCAUCACGUCUGCAGUGUGGACCCAGACACAUGAAUUUUACCCUUCCCUCUGUGUUGGAGGAUGCAGUUUUUGUCUUGUCAGUUAUUGAUGCUGCUGGAAAGUCUCAUUAUCUCCACACCAAUCCUGCUUGUGGGACGUGGGUUGGACAGAAAGCAGAUGGCUCGAUGGUGGUUGGUGCAGCCUAUGAUGGGUGUUAUACAAGAGAGGAGGAUGGCGACUAUGUGAUGACUAUCAGCCUGGAAGAAGUUGCUCGUGAUGGAAAAGCUCAUUACCACAAGAAGGACCUGAAGUGCCCUAUUCUCUCAGCUAUGGAUGCCCCCAGCCCAAGUGUCUGCUCUUCUGUCCAGCAAUCGGACCGGUUGCCAUGUGCUAAUGCCUCUGUAUCCCAGGCUGUCUGUGAAGGAAUCGGAUGCUGCUUUUCCCCAAGUGUCUCUGGAUUUCCCUGUUACUAUGGAGACCCAUUGACUGCACAGUGUACAGAUGAUUACAACAUGGUGGUUGCCAUAUCCACUGACCUGACCAAUCCAUCCUUAAUCAUGAAUUCCAUCAAUGUGUUUGGCCUGGACUCUACCUCCUGCCCUGCUCUGAGUGUUUCUCAGUCUACGUCAUUUAAGGAGUUCCAGUUUCCUCUGUCCUGUGGUGGUGCCCAACAGUUCAGUGACCAAACUAUCAUAUAUGAAUAUACCUUUGUGGCAACAAAAGAUGUUCAGACAUGGCAGACAUCAUCCAUCACAAGGGACAGUACAAUGAAGCUGACUGUCCGCUGCAUCUACUCCCUGACUGGGGUUGUCCCGUUGCAAGUUGAGGUGAUUACCCUGCCUCCACCCCUUCCUGUGUCCACCUCAGGACCUCUGCUCCUGGAGAUGAGGAUAGCGCAAGAUGGGCAGUACAGUUCCUAUUAUGCUGAUGGGGACUUUCCUGUAGUCAAAGUGCUCAGAGAUCCAGUCUUCCUGGAGGUUAGAAUUCUACAGAGAACUGAUCCAAACCUGGUUCUGGUCUUAAACAACUGUUGGGCCACCCAGUCACUCCUGCCUACUGACAGUACACAAUGGCCAGUCUUGUUCAAUGGAUGCCCUUUUGUUGGAGACAACUACCUUACUCAGCUGGUGGCUGUUGGAGCUGCCUCCCAGAACAUACCUUUCCCAACCUACUACCAGCGCUUUGCCAUCAGCACCUUCACAUUUGUGGAUCAGAGCACCCAGAUGGCUCUCAAUGGACUGGUUUACUUUCAUUGCAGCGCCUCAGUGUGUGUCCGAUCUGCUACAGAUUCGUGUGUAGUGAAUUGUGUUUCUAGGAGAAAGAGGAUGGCUGAUUCAGAGACUCCUGAAGAGACCUUGACAACUGUCACUUCCAGUGGACCAGUUCUAUUUAAUGCUGAUGAGAUGGAAAGGAGCCAGGACUUCAGCAGAGAACAAGUUGCGCUUGGUUCCAGUUCAGUCCUGACUUGGCUAAGAGGAGCUGCCGCAGUGGGUGUGAUCCUUGCAGUUACAGUUGUGGCUGUUCUUCUGUAUAGAAGACAACAUGGAGAUGUGAUGUCUGCUGUAUAUGCUUGAUUAAAAUUAACUUUAAGUCUUA